AUGGCUCCAAAGUCACUAAUAACUAAGAAGAUGAAUAAAGUUUCCAAGAAGGAAGCCAAGAAAAACAAACCUAAGAGGGCGAUGACAGCAUUUAUGUUCUAUGCAAAUCACAGAAGGCCUAUAAUUACCGCUGAGAAUCCAAGUUUGAAGUCUCAAGUGGCUGAAGUGGCCAAGAUAUUAGGUGAGGAGUGGAGAGCAAUGAACGAAUCAGAAAAAGCUCCUUUCCAAAAGCAAGCAGAUGCUGAUAAAAAACGAUAUGAGAAGGAGAAAGCUCAGAUGGAGGGUCAGUAG